AUGUCUAUCACCAAAGUAACCAAAGUCAAGCUCUCCUUAAAGGAGAAACUGGACUUCUUCCCAGCUGUGGCCUCCAUCGUGAUCGCCUACCUCUAUGCUCUCCUCACUGGCCUUCGACGCACCGAGAGCCAAGCCAAGUCUUUGUCCCUUCAUUUGGGAUAUGCGGUGUUCCGGAAGGCGACCGCGCGGUUGACCACGACUCAGAUGCAGUACAUCCUACCGCCAUCCCACAAGAUCUAUGAGCAACACUCCAAGAAGACCGGCAGAUUACCCGAGUCCGUGGAAUUGGGCGAUGGAGCAUUGGGUCACUGGGUGGGUGAUAGAAAUGCCGAAAACGUGAUAGUCUGGUUCCAUGGAGGUGGCUUCGGACUACCCGCUAACAUGGGCUAUUUCAAAUUCUACGCUCAGCUCCUGCGCGACCUCAAAGCAUCAGGCAAAAGCGUCGCAGUCUUCAGUCUGACCUACACGCUGGCGCCAAUUGCAGUCUACCCAACUCAGCUGCGACAGGCUGUGAAUUGUCUACGAUACAUCCUAUCGCAGCCAAACCGCAACCCGUCCACGGUUUUCCUGGGUGGCGACUCUGCAGGCGGCAACCUGGUUGGUGGAGUACUCUCUCACCUGGCCCACCCACACGCAGAGAUCAAUUCCCUGCCGCUGCACAGAAACCUCGGUGGAGCAGUGAUGAUCGCACCAUGGACACUUCUUGAGAAAGAAUUCCCGGGCAUGGAGGUCUACCACGGUGGCGAUAUAAUCACGACAGCAGUUGCGGGACCGUGGUCGGCAGCCUAUAUUGGUGCGGGCAAGCGGGACUAUUACACUGAUUUAUCAACUGCGCCGGCGGAUUGGUUUACAAUGUUCCCAGUGAACUCAGUCUUGAUUACUGCGGGCGGGAAUGAGAUCAUGUUGCCUCUGAUUCAGGACUUUGCGGCGAAAUUCAAGGAGGGCUUUGAGAACGUGGAGUUGUUUGUUGGGCAUCGUGAGUGUCAUGUUGCGCCAAUUUAUCAUUUGGAGUUGGGGAAUGCUACGAAGACAGAGCAGGGGAAGAAGGUUGAGGCCGUUUUGGCCGAGUUGAUGGUGUGA